AUGCCAUCCCUGUUGACACUCCGUGAACUGGACGUUGAUGAGAAGGGGGACCAAGCGCUACUAGAACGUUUUGAGAAGUGCCGGCAUGAUGUUAUUCGAGUUUCUUCUUGCGCUAUUUUACACGACUGCAUUGCAGUAAUGACGAAAGGAGGUUUUGUAGAGCUUAUCAACAUCAAAACAGGUGCAUUUCGUGUGUUUCUUACUCAUCUUGGAAGUACUCCUCUGGAUGCCCUUUUGAGGUGUUUCUCCCUUGUGCCAGCUUUCUACGCUGCACUUGGAAGACAUUACCUUCUCUAUUCUAUUGCAUAUUCAAAUGAGCUUCUUCUGGCUGAUAUGGAGAACGGUACUGUGGAGAUCCUUGCGACAUUUCACAGUCGUCCCAGCGUGGUAUUUUCUGAUGGUGACCAUAUAGCAUGUGGUGAAGGAUGCGGACAAGUGGCACUCUGGCGUGUGCAGAAGGACGUAUCAGAUACAACUCUUAUGUGGCGUCAAUCGGUAUUCAGCGACACUGUUAUGUGUAUCACUAUGCAGCGCGAAUAUGUCUUGUGUUCCUCAGCGGAUUACCGUUGUUAUGUCUUGUCGCUUGCCUCAGGUGAAGUUAUUGCAGCACUGAGACAUGAAAUGGCACCGGCUGUUGCGCUACAACCAGUUUUGGGUUCGCCGACAGGUUACGGGUUCAUAGCACUCUGCUUACCCAGUGUUAUGUCAAUUUACUCACCUCCACUCUCCCCAGUGAAACUAGUUGAGAAAAAAGAAAUUUUAUUGGAUUCCGCUGCUACUUGUAGUACCACCACUGAUUGGAACUCUGUGGGUGUGCUUCGGCUUGAUGUGCAGAUAAGCUGUGUGAGCUGUGGGGGAGGGUUCAUGGCAUGUGGGACUGCAUCUGGAGUUGUUAUUCUUUUGAGCAUAGAUACAACUAGUGGUAAAAUGGUAGAACGAGUGCGAUUUGACGUUUGUUUUUCUGUCGUUGGCAUUCAACUCUUUGCAAAUGGCACGAUGGUGGUAGUGACUACCGCUGGGGAUGUGUGGAAGUGGGCUGUUGCAGAGUUGUUGCCACAGGAGGAAGAAGAAGGAUGUGGUGAUGAAGCAAGUGAUGAUAUACCACAGCCGAAUAUUCAAACACCUGCUGCUGUGCCGAAGACAUCUCCGAAUGACGGCGAUAAUGCUGCUGAUGAGGCGGAAAUUGUGGUUUUGAUAGAUGAUGAUGAUGAUGAUGAUAAUAAUAAGGAUGAUAAGGAUGAUGAUACAUCAUCUCGUUUGUACUCUACAUCCUCGUCACACCACUUUAUUCAUCCGCAGCAUGACGAUGCUGUUUUGUAUGAUCAAGUUAAGGAGACAACUGUGUCAGUAACAGAAAGAGAGUCUGCUCCACUUCUUGAUCCAUAUUUUAUGACAGAUAAAAAAAUAAACGAUCCUACUACUAUGACUACUACCAAUAAUAAUAAUAAUAUUGAUCUUAAUGUUGUUGCUUUGGAAGGUUGUGAUGAUGAUGGGAAUGAUGAUCCUACUACUUCUACUGCUAUUGCCGGAGCAUCGCUAUCGGCAGCUUUUCGUGAUACCGCAGACGGCAGCUGUUCUGAGCGUUCACUCCCACCAAGUAGCAUCAGUGUGAUGGGAUGCACAACUGGUGCGGCAGAAACUCUACGCAGCGUAAGUUUCCCACCCCGCCGAUUACCGCCCGAUUCCAUUCCUUCGUCACCCCGCCCUCCUCUACACCCAACCCAUUUGUCUGUUUCCGCUUCUACACCAGCAGCAAGAGCAGCAGCUGCCGGUGUUGCUGGAACAACACGCCGUGAAACGACGGAACCACUACAGGGCGAGACAGUGGCCACAAUGAUGAAAAAUAACAACAAGGGGAAUAACAAGAACAAACUUAUGACUGCGCGCGGAGUGACUUCCUCUCUUUCACCACAGGCGCUGCAGCGGGUACUCCGCGGUGCUGAAUUGGGACCACCGGCGGUUAUCACUGGGUUACGCGCGGGUACACGGAUGGACCCACGUAAGGCACGCCACAUCGUUGAGAAUAGUCACUCAGUAGAAUCAGGAUCAGAAAUAGAAGGUCUACAGCAGAUGCCUUUGCCGGAGAGUCAGAGCACAAAGAUGUUGGUUGACCACCGGCAAGCCUUGGAGGAGGCGAAAUUUAACUAUGCUAAGUAUGCAGAGGAGAAUUCACUGAAAUUGGAGGCUCUGAAAUAUCGUUACCCGGUGAAGUUACCCACAUAUGGGUUACACGCGCGAGUAUUCACUUCAACAGACGCCAGAAUACAGGACCGUCCUCAUGACAGCGUGGAUAAGCCGGGGAAAGGCGACGUACUUAAGAUACAAGAAGGAAAACAACAACGUCAACAACAACAAGAACAACAACAGGGACAACAACGUCGUCGAUCGCAAUCACCUGUUAUUGAUGACCUUAUGGACGCAACUUUUCAAAAAUUUGCGCGCCGUAAAGAUGCCGCACUGGAAGAGGAGCGUCGGCGAAAUGGUCCUGAUAUUCGACGGCAUUUGUGUGAUAGUUUACUUUUUAGUUCACUCGAUCCAAAUGACACUGUUCUUUUCCAGGAAUUUCGUGUGCAACCAGGAGUACCUGAUACACUCCUCCUUCCCAUGCCGUUGCCACCCACUCCUUCAGUAUUCUGA